AUGAGCGCGGAUCGGACACACUACAUUGUCCGCAACUUUGCCAAAGAAGAAAGGUUCAAGGACAGGCCUUAUGUAGUCAACUGGCCUCAUAUGCGCUUCUACGCCGAAGUACCUCUUCACAGUCCCUCAGGCUACGUGCUUGGUUCAUACUGCGUUGUAGACAACCAGCCCCGUGCCGAGUUUGGCAAUGAUGAAGUUGAUGCUCUGCGGGAGAUAGCUGAUGCGGUAGCGCAGCACCUCGAAAACGUUCGGAUAGUGAAUUGCCAUCGUCGGGCAGAGAAUUUGGUGAAGGGAUUGACUAAGUUCGUCAAGGAUCAUGCGGACUUUGAUCCCGCAGACGCUUCAAGCCCUGCUGUGGUGCCAAAUACAAAUUCAAACGAGAAAUCUAUCGAGGCCGACGCUUUGAGCACAGAACAAUAUUCCUCGACAGACUUUACCGAUCAAACAUCACCGAUAUUUCCUCAAUCCGAGCAAUCUGAGGCAACUUCUUUCUUUCCGCCCAAUCCGGGAAUAUCAUCAGCCACCCCGUCGGAUGAAACGGAGAUAGCAGACGCGCUCGUUCCCGAGGAGUCGAGCACGAUUGACGACGGCCAGAAAAGUCUCCCGCGGGUGUCUGUGACAAAUGAAAGUGUGGCUAUGUCCGAACGCGUCGCUAUGGUCUUUUCCCGGGCCAGCGUUGUCCUCAGGGACUCUAUGGAUCUCGAUGGAGUGCUUUUUCUCGAUGCGUGCCGAAGCAAUUCUGGAGUGGCAUCAGCUGGAGAGGCUGGAAACUGGGAGCCACUACCCAAAACCGCAAACCCUGAAUUUCUUGUUGAUUCAUUGCCUACUCCCCUCGACCUGCCAGGCGUGGGAUCUCUGUCAAAGGAAUCGCAAAGGUUGUGUGAGCUGUUGGGUUAUGCUUCCAGCGGAUCAGAGUCGAACCUCCUAGAACUGGAGGGCGGGUUGACUUUGACGGAAGAUCUGCUGAACGCCAUGAUCGCUUCAUUUCCUGCUGGCCAAAUCUUGAACCUAGAUGCCGGGGCCGAUUGUGAUGAUUACCUGUCGCCGAAGGUCAAGUCUCAUGACCAGAAUUGCGAAACCGCCCACGCUGCUAUGAACAUCAUUCGGCAUAUCUCACGUCGACUGGCCAAGUACCUCCCAGGCGCGAAUUCCGUGCUCUUCUUCCCCCUGUGGGACUGGAACAAAUCGCGAUGGCUGGCAGGCACGCUGGUCUGGACACGCACCAGCGACCGUGCCCUGGGCAUGGAAGAGCUACAUUACUUCAGAGCCUUUGGCGAUUCCAUCAUUUCGGAGGUUUCUCGGAUAGUGUGGGCCUUUACCGAAAAAUCAAAAUCUGAUUUUAUAUCUUCUCUCAGCCACGAGCUUCGCUCUCCGCUGCAUGGAAUCCUAGCAAGUGCUGAACUAUUGCACGCGUCUCCGCUUGAGCCCACGCAGCGUGACAUGACGAAGAUGGUUGAGACGUGUGGUCUCACUCUAUUAGACACGAUGAACCAUCUCCUGGAUUUCUCGAAAAUUAACAAUCUAACGACAUUGAAGAGCUCCAAUCCAGAUGCUUCGCAGACCGAUCUGACAAAUCUCACCACCGUCUUCAGCCUUGAUGUUCUGGUUGAGGAGAUUGCGGACAUCCUAUACACGGGAAGAAGAGCGCCUGAGAUGGUUACGCAUCUUGCGGGUAGAGUUCCCUCUAUGACUGCCCAUUCUGACCUGAUGGGCCGGCAGGCCUCCAGUGACGAGAUGACUGUUGUAAUACGAAUCGAAGAGCUUCAUACCUGGAGAGUACAGUCAGUGGCUGGUGCGUGGGGAAGGAUUCUUAUGAAUCUCCUUGGCAACUCUAUGAAAUGGACCAAAGUCGGAUUCGUCGAAAUAUGCCUGUCGAAGGCGAAGAUGCAGUCUGAUACGCGCACCGUUCUUGCGCAUCUAUCUGUCACCGACACGGGCCGUGGUAUUGCGCCGGAUUUUCUCAAACAUCAGCUGUUCUCUCCCUUUGCCCAGGAAGAUUCCCUGGCAGAAGGUGUCGGGCUUGGACUCAGUAUUGUCCACCGGCUCGUUACAUCACUGGGGGGUCACAUCAAUGUGCAGAGUGAAUUGGGCAUUGGCACCCAGGUUGAUGUUUACGUCCCGGUUCGAGUACUUGAGCCCGGCGCUGCUGAAUCUAGGGACGGUUUGAUUUCCUUGCAGUCACAAACGUCAAGCGGUCCAGUCCAGGUCUGCUUGAUCAAUUUCCACAGGUAUCCGGCCUUGAGAGAAGUCCCUACCGGCAUCCUUAGUCCAGAAGCCAAGAGAAAACUUUCUAUUCAGAGCUCUCUUGGCAAAAUCUUCAUGGCGCAGCCUGGCUGGCAAGUCACUUUGGCAGAAUCUGUUGAAAAAGCGCACGGGGAUGUUGCGGUCAUGGAGGAAGCAACCUUCAAGGAAGUUCUGGUGGAUGGUCGGGUCCCCUCUGGAAUCUUUGUAAAAACAGGCUUGAUGUUUUUUAUCGUCCUCUGCGGCAGAAUGCCACUCUUUACCAGCGAAAAUCUGUCCGGGAAUGUUAUCUACAUACCUCAGCCCCUCAGGCCUCGGAAAAUCGAAGAAGCGAUGAAGGUCAUUCUCGAUCAUCUUGAAACAUGCGUGCAUGAUGCUACGUCUACUUCCGAGACUGGUUUUGCAUUAUCAGUUCGCUCUCAGAUGUCUGAAGCAGAAGCUAGUUAUUCAGACACGUCGAAAAGCUCACAAGUCGUAAUCUCAGAGGUCGCAGUGGAGACGACAUUAGCUGAUCCACUUCCUGAGUCCUUGGUAAUUGCAUCGUCCAAACGGCCAGACGAUGUAAAUGUUCUAAUCGUGGAUGACAAUGACAUCAACCUCAAGAUUCUCGUGACAUUCCUGCGUAAGAUCGGAUGCAGCUACGAUUCCGCCUCUAAUGGCCUAAUCGCGUUGGAUAAAUACAAGGAGUCUGACCGGAGAUUUGAUUUCGUCUUGAUGGACCUAUCAAUGCCAGUCAUGGACGGCUUAGUUGCGACGCGAAAGAUUCGAGAGUACGAAAAGGAACAAGGCCUCAUACCCUCUCGAAUAAUGGCCAUUACUGGGGUCGCUUCUGCUUCUAUGCAGCAACAGGCUCUCGCGGCCGGAACUGAUGAGUACUUGGUCAAACCAGUUUCACUUCACGAUCUUAAGAAAGUAAUGAAGCUUGCAUGA